GUUAUGGAACCACCCAUUGGCGAUGAAGCAGUUGCAGAGAAUCAGCCAUUCUCCGACAGCAUGUCACCCGUGAUGUCCAUCUUCUCGAAGCAACGACAACUGGUGCAUGCGCAGAUCGACCCUGACAAGUUUGCAAUUAAUUCUUCAGUGUCGCUGGUAGACACCAUCAAGGGAUCCUACCGUGCCACGGACUACCACAAUCUGCGGUCCAUCGUCGAGAAUGACAUUCUGCCAGGUGCUCCCUGGGACAAUCGCAACCAGAUCACGAAGUACAGAGAUGUUUGGCUUUGCAGUCCCGAGCCUAACCACCACUAUGCCUUCGAGACUAUCGAAAAGGUUCUAGACUACGAACUUGAGGACGAUGUGGCCAUGACUUAUGCUAUUGCUUGUCAAGAAAGUCAUUGGUUUGCGAUCAAGAACAUGCGACCUGAACAAGAACCUCGCAACUCCAGGAAUGCGGUGAUGAGGUGCUUCUCCGUGUUCAAGUCGUGUGGCAAGUUUCAGAGCACAGCUUCUCGACGGAAAUCUCCUUUGGAGGUCCCAACAGAAGAAAUAUCUAAUGCCAUGGAGGAAGCCACCGCUGCAAGGUCUUCACUGGUCAGCAUUCAUGACGACGAAGAUGAUGAUGCUCGAACUAUGGCUGAAUCGGAGAUGGAGGUCGACAGUGACAUGGAUGUCGACGAAGUUGAACCUGAUGAAGCACAACAAGACGUCGACGAGAACGAGAACCAAGAUGAGAUUGCGGAGCUACGCCCAGUGCUUGUCCAAGAGAACACGCAUAUCAUCGUCCCGGUUCUUACACAAGCAAGAAAGUCUAUUCAAGUUCCCUACUAUCCCAAUUCUCCAACUGCAUACUGCAUCUAUGCGAGAUUAAUCUUGUUCGCUUACAUGGCGUAUGUCGUGGUGCACUGUAUGUACAAGUCGUGGGUCAAAACCAUGAGACGGACCACGCUACAGUAUGACCAAAUACUUUCCAAUUGUGCAAAUGGAGAUCGAUAUGUUGUUCAAGGAAAAUGGCCGACUCUUUGUGACAUCGACCCUGACACGAAGGUUUCCCGAGACGUCACCGACGAGGGACUCUUGUCUUACAUCCGAGGUGCUCGCCAGAAGGGCAUACAACGAGCCAUGUUCAACCCAUCGGCCUAUAUUGACGGCAAAGUCACGGGCAAGACCAUGUUCGCAAUGCUCAGGCCACCACCUACAGAAUCACAUGACUACCUGUUCAUUGAUCCGGUGGCAAUCAUGAUGAUUACUGGUCUUACGACUACGACAACUACCACCAUCGAGCUGCAUAUCAGCUACGACAUCGUGAUUCCUGCGAAGUACACAGCAAAGUUGACACGACAGCGCUUGGAGACUCAACGUAGUCAGCACCCCGGAGCGCUCCUACACAUUCAGCCUGGAGACUAUCUGAACCACGGGCAAAUUGGGAUCGGCCAACAGAACCCAGAGGACCGCCUCCGAAUCGUGCAAAUACCAGCAAGCGUGACAAAGGCAAAGCAAGAGGGAAAGCUUCUGACCAUCACGAACGUGACCGCGAACGUGAUCGAGGCUAGUGUCGCAGAUGGGAAGGUGACCAUCACAGAUGAUCCUCA